AUGCCGCUCCAUCUGUUAGGGAAGAAGUCAUGGAACGUCUACAAUCCGGCCAACAUCGAGCGCGUCCGCCGUGAUGAGGCUGCUGCGCAGGCUCGCGAGGAGGAGGCCGAGCGUCGAAUGGACGAAUAUGAUGCGGCACGCCGGCUGGCAAUACUACGCGGCGAAAAGCCCCCCUCGCCACCACCAGAUCUCGAAGAUGGACAGAAACCGCACCGUGAGGGCUCAAGCAAAGGGCCCAAGCGCAGGAAACUGGGAGGGGAAGAUGAUACGGACCGGGAUAUACGAGUGGCACGGGAAACAGCGGAGCAAGGCCGAGACGCGCGAGAACAGCUAGUCAAGCGCAAUGAAGGCAAAAAGGCCAGUGACGCGCCUCUCAUGGACCGUAGCGGGCACAUCGAUCUAUUCCCAGUGGACCACAAGGUUAUGCGUAAAGCAGAGAAAAAUGCCGACCGCGAGGCAGAAGAGGCAAAGAAGAAACAGGCGUUGGAGGAUCAGUACACCAUGCGCUUUGCCAAUGCUGCUGGCAGGGACGGCCUGAGUAAGCCGUGGUACGCCAAUGCCUCGAAAGGCUCCGAGCGAGAACCACGUCCAGGUGCUACGGAAGUGCUCGAAGAGCCAGGUAAAAACGUUUGGGGCAAUGAGGAUCCGCGCCGUAAAGAUCGCGAAAGGACGCGCAUGGAGGCUAGUGACCCGCUGGCAUUCAUGAAGCAAGCGCAAGGGCAACUCAAGGAAGCAGAACGAGAUCGGAAGCGCUGGCUAGCUGAGCGGCAACAAGAAAUGCUUGCUAUGGACGCUGCGGCGCAGAGAGAGCGUCGUUCAGAGCACAAGAGUAAGAACUCGUCCCGAAGAGGUCACGAUCCAGAUGACAUGGAUGAGUUAGAAGGAUUUAGUCUGGACGCGCCCCGCAAGGAAAAGAAGCCACGGCAUGAGAGGUCUCAUCAAUCCAGAUCAGUGAGGCACCACAAGAGCCACAGACAUCACCAAAGCAGAAGCAGAAGCAGAAGCAGGAGUCGAGACAGAGAUCGACGCAGGCCGCACCGAGGCAGGAGUAGAAGCAGAAGUCCCGAUGGGGGGAAGUCCAGGUCACAUCACAGCUCGAGAAAGCCUAGCCUCCGUGAGCAUCGGCAUGACCGGGAUCAUCGCCAUCCAAGCAGACGUAAAGGCACGCGUGAUGAGUAG